AUGCAAAACUCAACCGAAUCUUCUCCAGCUUCCCCUACGCCGUUACUCCCGCGGAGAAGCCGCGUCACCCGCCAUGCGCCGUUGCGGACGGCGGCGUGGUUCUUCCGGCGAGCGAGCGGGCGGCGCCUGAUGCUGGGGGAGGCGUCGGUGCGUGUGAGGGAGGCUGCUGCGGCGGAGGUGGAGGGGCGGCAGAGCGAGUGGGCGUACUCGCGGCCGGUGGUGGCGGUGGACGUGCUGUGGAACGCGGCGUUUCUGGUUAUUGGCGCGUCGGUGCUGUGGCUGGGCGCGGCGGAGAAGCCGAGCGUGCCGCUGAGGACGUGGAUUGUGGGGUAUUUGGUACAGGGCAUGGUCCAUUCUCUCUGCGUCCUCGUUGAGUUCAGAAGGAGAAGGAUGAGUGGGGCCCACUUGCGUUCCAAUGUGCCCAACCAUUUUCAAUGGAGCUUUACUUCCGAGAGUGACCAAGAGUUUUAUGCUUCUGAACAGUUUCUCGAGGGUGAUGAAAACAGCAUCAUAAAAUACAUAGAAUCGGCAAAUACCAUGCUUUCAUUCAUAUGGUGGACUGUUGGGCUCUACUGGGUAACUCUUGGUGGCCAGAGUUUGACAACGGAUGCACCGCAGCUUUACUGGGUCUGUAUUGCAUUUCUUUCUUUCGACGUUUUGAUUGUACUGAUCUGUGUUGCUGUCGCAUGCCUUAUUGGUAUUGCUGUUUGCUGUUGUCUACCAUGCAUCCUUGCUCUCCUGUAUGCAGUGGCAGAUCAGGAAGGAGCAACGAAGGAAGAGAUUGAGCAGUUGCCAAAAUAUAAGUUCAGAAUAAUAAAAGGUGAUAUUGAAGAAUCUUCAAGAGGAAUAAUGACCGAAUUUGAGAGUGAGACAGCGACCGAACAUGUUGUUGCCUUAGAAGAUGCAGAAUGCUGUAUCUGCCUUUCUCCCUAUGAUGAUGGUGCUGAGCUCAGAGAACUUCCUUGCAACCACCAUUUUCACUGCACAUGCAUAGACAAAUGGCUGCUAAUCAAUGCUACAUGUCCUCUCUGCAAGCUUGACAUUUUGGUUGGUAACCAUCAAGAAGUUUGA